GUCAGUGUAUUCAUUGAGUCAUUGUAAGAGAUGCAGAGCUCCAUGUGUGGGUCAGUGUUAGUUGUUAGUGAGUAGUAUUGUAGCUGGGAAGACAAAGGACAGAAUUGGACCUUAAAGGAACUGAAUCACCAAGGAAUUAGACAAAAGAAGAAGACAAACCCGACACAAAGCUUUAAAUUGAUCUGAAGACGAUGGGAUUUACAGCUUUUGCUCUGAAGCUUUGGAGUGACUGAGGAAAACUGAUGAAAAAAGAAAAAAAAGAGACAACACACUAGAGGGCAAGGGGAGACUCACAGAAGACCCUCUGCUGAUGGAAAUAAACACAACAGUGUAUUUUUUUUUCUUUUCUUUUUCCAGCUGAUGACGCAGGCGACAUCUCUGUGGAGUGACAUGCUAAAAUGGCACCAGAUAUCCAAUGAAUAGAGCUUAAUACAUAGACAAGUUGAAAGGAUAUAUGAUGAGAAUAAGAGGACCUGUUCUAACCUGACCACCAAAUAUGGGCAGAGCAGAAAUGAUUGACUGACCCCCAGACGCUAUCUGGAAUUACACAUUUAAGUGGUAGCUGAGCUCCUUUAGCCAUGCCGGGAUGCUGGACAUACCAAAGAUACUAGGGCUAAACAUGCUGGGACAUUGGUGCGUCUUUCUGACAGAGCAGUGAGGAUGAAGAGACGAGGCCACACCAGAGGCCAGAGGUUUGUCAAGGCUGACUACUAUGAACUGGACUGGUACUAUGAAGAGUGUACGGACGUGUUGUGUGCGGACAGAGUGGGCCAGAUGACGAAGACCUACAGCGACAUCGACGCCGUCACCCGACUGCUGGAAGAGAAAGAGCGGGACCUGGAGCUGGCAGCUCGCAUCGGACAGUCACUGCUGAAGAAGAACAAAGCUCUGAGUGACAGGAACGAGCUGCUGGAGGAGCAGGUGGAGCACAUCCGAGAGGAGGUGUCUCAGCUGCGUCACGACCUCUCCAUGAAGGAUGAGUUGCUGCAGUUCUACACCAGCGCCGCUGAGGAAAGUGAGGGGGAGUCAAACACCUCCACACCGGUGCGUUUGAGUGAACCUAACUUGUCCACCCCGACCCUGUUCCCGCUGGACUCUCUGCAGAAGAAGCUCAAAGAUUUGGAAGAAGAAAACAAAUCACUCCGAUCUGCGGCGAAUCAUUUGGAGACGGAAACCAUCUCGUACGAGGAGAAAGAGCAGCAGCUUGUCAACGACUGUGUCAAAGAACUACGGGCUGCCAACCUGCAGAUUUCCUCUCUGGCAGAAGACCUGGCCAGGAAGAGCGAGGACGCUUCCAGACAGCAGGAGGAGAUCACACACCUCCUCUCUCAGAUCGUCGACCUGCAGAAGAAGGCGAAGCUCUAUGCGGUGGAGAACGAAGAGCUGACUCAGCACCUGGGUGCAGCCAAGGACGCCCAGAGACAGCUCACUGCUGAGUUGCGGGAGCUGCAGGAUAAGUAUGCAGAGUGCAUGGAGAUCCUCCAUGAGGCUCAGGAGGAGCUUAAGAACCUGAGGAAUAAAACUCUACCUCUCAGCACCCCAAGGCGUUUCCACACACUGGGCUUAUUCCCAAUGGACUCACUUGCAGCAGAAAUAGAGGGAACUAUGAGAAAAGAGCUUCAGAUGGACGAUCCAGACGUAGAAGAGCAGAGGCUGCACCCAAAGCGGGUUUUCCAGACGGUGAAAAACCUCAACCUGAUGCGUCAGCAGCGCUCCUCUGCAGCCCCCUCCCCUCUGAACAUCCCAGGGUCCAAUCAGAACUCGUGCUUCACCUCGGGCCGCUCCAGCAGUGUGGGCACGCCUCGCUCCAACUCCAUCUAUGGGAGCGAAACAGGAAGUGGGAUCAUCUUGGACAACAGAACAAGCAGUAUCCUGGAAGGUCCGGACGACGGGUCGGAAGACUCCAACAAGCAGCCCCCCGGUACGCCGGGGACCCCGGGCAGCAGGGACCUGGAGGCAGCCCUGCGCCGCCUGUCGCUGCGCCGUGACAACUACCUCUCGGAGAAACGCUUCUUCGAAGAAGAGAGGGAGCGGAAGCUGGCCUACCUGGGGAAAGAGGAGGAAAAGGGAGAGGCUGAUGGCAGCGGGGACCCGGGGACCCCAACGGAGAGCCUGCUGUCGUUCUGCUCGCAUCCCUCGUUCGGAAGCAUCUGGUCGGGAUACUCGAUCACAGCCAGGUCCUACCUGCCGGAGAAGCUGCAGAUUGUAAAGCCGCUGGAAGGUUCUGCUACCCUGCACGCAUGGCAGCAGCUGGCUCAACCACACAUGGGGGCUCUGCUGGACCAUCGGCCGGGCGUGGUCACAAAGGGCUUUUGCACUUUAGAGCAGGACCGGGAGCAGGAGGACAGCUGGCAGCUGGACCAGCCGGAGGAGGACGAGGCGUCGUGUGACCCGUUCACUGGCUCGUCAGGAGAGAAUUCCGCUCUGACAGGUUCCCUUCGCUCUACCGCCGCCGGCUCCGCCUGCUGCAACUUCAAGGGCAGCAACCAGCUAGAAGGACUGAAUGGAGCAAUUUGUGGUCCGAAAGAGGCAGUGGAAGGAAAAGAUGGAGUCGUCGCUGGCGUGCCCCUUCCCCUUUCCCGCCCUUCCCCAUCCACGCCCGUUCCCUCUUGUUCGGAGCGCAGCAGGCACACGGACCUCAAGGAGCUCCAAGCCCUCCAACCCGCCACUGUGGACCGCAUGCCUGUCCAUUUCCCAGGGAAAUGUCUGUCCCACACCAGUUCCACCUACACCUUCACCACCUGCAGGAUUCUCCACCCGUCUGACCAGCUGACCUCAGUGUCCUCCAGCCCUGCGGUAGCGUUUUGCCAAAGCGGCUCUGCAAUCGGCACUCCGACCCACACCUCCUCUCCCGUGCCCUUCUCGGCCCCGCACACGCCCUCCUACACCCCCUGCUGCACCCCGCGCCGCCUUUCCCUUUCGCUCUCCCUCGGCGAGUCCUCCACCAACUUGAGAGACUCCACCAAGACCACCAGCACCUCCCUAGGCCUGGUGCACCUCCUGCUGGAGCGUGGCAUUUCUGCCUCGGUGUACAAUCCUUGCAGCUGGGACCGAGGGCUGGGUGCCAGCGGCGCCUCGACGCCCACGGGAAGCGUGCAGGUGCAGAGCGGCGUAGCCAAGUCAGAGGAGAAUGAAGUCAGACACCCGGUUAGGCGACCGGACACGCUCCUCCUUCAGCCCUGCUCCCCUCCCUGCUCCCCGCCCCAGGAAUCUGCCUCAGCCGCCAUGGCGCGGCCUGCGUUUCAGUUCAGCCCUUCGAAGGAGGAUCCGCCUUAUUACGACGCCUUCCUCGCCUCCAAGCCGGCUCGCACCAUUCUGAGGGAAGUGCUGAUGGAUCUGGAGAGAGAGUACGAUGGCGAGGCGGACGAAGACGGCCAGAACGAGGUGGCGAACCUCGGACUGGUGGACAAGCUGAAACGCUUCCGAACGCUCUCCCCUGUUUCCGCCUCGGUUUCCUCCAGGAGCGGUCUGCUGGCGCCCUUCAGCUCCAGUGGCCUGGGUGGCGGGAUCCCGGGUUUGAAUGCAGGACUGAGGAGGAACCGAAGCUAUCCGGCCAUGGUGGGGGCCAGCAUGGCCAUGAAAGACCCCGGUGGACCGCCCUGCGCUCUCAUCCCACAGUCGAUGCAAACAUCACAGCCACAGGGUCCGGCGCAGACAGUCGAAACGGGCAAAGUGCAAACACACCCCUCCGUCGUCAGGAAGGCCGUUCACAUACCGCAGACUUUACACGCACUGGAACCAGUCACACCACACACAGUAAUACAGAGACACGCCAGGACAAACUGGGAGUCAGACAACUCAGCAACACGAGGCCAACACAGUGAGGCUCAAACCAGGACGUGGUAGGAAAAACUCAGUAUGUUGGGCCAAAAUCACAGCGUUUCACUACACUUUUCAUGUUUAUCAUUACACACAUACAAAUACAAAGCCAAAAAGUAUAUUUAGCGCACACAUCGUCUGCAGAAGCAGACCGGUACAAUCCGCCCUCAUUUCUCCUGACAGCCAGUAGUCUGAAUAAAAUGUCGCAGUGACGACUGAGAGCAGCAGUGGCUGAAACUGUUACACUGUGUUAUAUUUAAAUACUGUCUGGCCAGAUUAACAAAGACGGAGUAUGCUGCCUUCCUUUGUGUCAUUAUUGUACAAUGUACUGUAUAUGCAAUAUACUGUGGCAAAUGGUAUAUUAUUAAAGCCCCAGUCUGGAGUACUUUACCAUGUGGCUGAAUUCAUAUAGAGACGCACUGGUUUCUGUGGCCGCUUUCCAGCCACCGUCCUUGAGCUGGUCCAGCGUACUUGAACCAAGCGAAUAGCUCAUUCCCUCUGCCCAGCUGACCAGACCGAGACCUUUAGAUGAACUCUGAGUCGACCAACGUCUCCAAUUUCAACAGGCUUCAUAGCAGUCAGAGGGUGGAAGCUAAAAUGGAUUAAAAAGAGAAAUUUUUCUGAAUUCCCUUCAGCCUCUUUGUGUCAUAAAAUAUAGUUUCCUUUUAAAUAUCUUCUUACAUCUUUGUACUUCCUCCGGUUUCAUUUUCUUUUAACACAUCAGCUGAUGCCGAAACCAGCUAACUUUGAUUGUUCUUCUCGUGUCGUUGCCAGCACAACACGGUCGUGUUUGUUAAUCGGAGGAAUGAUUGGACCGUCGCAUUUCCGACCAGCUAAAAAUCAUUGGAUUAUGCUCACCGGACGACCUCCUGGUGUGUCUCUCAUUAUUUAACGUGACUGGCUGGUCUCGCCAAAGCCGAUAAAUGUUGUCAAAUGUUUUCCUUUAAAAAUGUUUCAUUGUUUUAUGAAGCAAUUUAGGCGUUUUUAUAAGACCCUAAAAAAUUUUGUGUUUCCAUUUUUCUGCGCUGAAGCUGAAAAAGGGUCACAGUUUUUGUCUGCAAUGUCUUUUCCUCCUUUUCUUUCUUUUGUUUAAAAGAAAAAAAUCCAGAUUGGGGCUUUAAGAUAUCUUGUUGCUGUGACUGAAUGUUCUUAUGUGCCUAAAAACAAACACACUGUAUUUCAUUAGAAAACUGAUUGCAUUCGUUGUCUUUUGUUAGUUUGUAAAUGUUUUUGUUUGCCUUUUGUUUUGCUGUGUGCAAUAGACAUGAAUUUAUUUGUGCAAUCCAACGGUGUGCGUGAGAUUCAGUACAUUCUUCUCAUUUCAGAUGUGUAUUUUUAUUUUUUUGUUUUAAGUCCUCAUAAAAUGUUGGAUUCUACGGGAAUAGAGUAAAGCUGUUGUUAAAUCUGACGGAGUCAGAGAAUUUCCCUUCUUUUUUUUCUUCUUCAUUUAUUUUGCUUGAUGCGUCCAUAUGAAUCCAGGCAGUAAAGGAUAAAAUGUAUGAAUGUAGGUGUCGGAAUUUGACAAAUGAAAUGAGCACAGGCAUGGCGGUUGAGCAAAAUGUGCAACAUCAGCACCUUCAGCACGGUUGAAAACAGAUCUUACAUUUAAUCCUCAAAGCUCAUGUCAGUUUGCUGCGUAUUUUUAUUUUUUCAAAGCAUUUAGUUUUUCUCAAUACUGUCCACCUUGUAUCUCCAAGCAAUGUACAUAAUUUACUCAGUUUGGAUCAAACGGCAGAGAGCAGUGAAAUCUGAAUCCUGCUGAUCUCCAGCUCCUGUCUCUGCCGAGUUGAUCAGUUCAGUCUUUAAUCUUUGUGCUCCGGUUAGAUCCACAGAGCAGAACCACCCGUUCUUAAAAUUCUGGUUUGACUUCACCUGAACGAGGGGCGACUGAUGCUCACGUGUGUAAAACAAGUUGGUGAACUAAACGGUGAUCCCGACACACAGCGUUUCAGACUUUUUUUUUGCCACCAGGGGCUUUGAUUGUUUGCUGUUUCUGCCUUCUGCAGCAGCACAUUUUAAGAAAAAUAAAACGACUCUGUAUUUCAGAGGAGAAGAAUGGAACGGAUCAACAUUUAGGUUGCUGUUUUCACGAGGAGUCUCGAUGCGUAAUCUGGGUUUGGACUUUGCACCUGGACCAAGAAGUUGUAGCUUGUUUCAUAAGUCACGCAAGUGAUAAUUGCACGUCUUUAAAGUGAAGGAUGUUUCAGUUUGUGUUUAUUUUAGUGUCAUGUGGAAUCACCUUUACUGUACGGAUGAAAUCCUUCAUACUUCAGUGGCUUUUAGAAUAAUUUCUCUUGCCACCAGGGGCUUUGAUUGUUCGCUGUUUCUGCCUUCAGCAGAAGCACAUUUUAAGAAAAAUAAAACAACUCUGCAUUUCAGAGGAGAAGAAUGGAGCGGUAGUGUUGGUACGACAGUGGGUGUCUUAAUGUAAUUUUUGUGCCACGUCAUCCGAAUGUAAGUUAUUAUUCAGCUUGCAGGGCCAUUGUACAGAUUUCUGUCUAAUUUAAUCAUUUCACUGUAACUGUAUGCAACACGAACAUGUAUAAUUUUGAAAUAUAAUAUAUAUAUAUAAAGUAUGGUUAAAAAAAUGUAAUAAAGGUGAGUAGUUUAUGUAGGACUAUAGGGAAAUAUGUUCUAGGUUGACUGGUGGGCUCUAUUUUAUAAAACAUGUCCGACUGUCAAUAAAAUAAAGAUUUAAUUGUUGUCUUUA